CAUUGUCACAUUCAUUCUUACACAACAACGCAACGCUCGCUUCUCUUCUUCUUCUUCUCUCUUUGCAAUGGCGUCACAACCAGAGAUGGAACACCCCAAGAAAGCUUUCGGCUGGGCAGCACGGGACUCAUCUGGUGUUCUCUCCCCUUUCAAAUUCUCCAGAAGGGAAACAGGAGAGAAGGAUGUGACAUUCAAAGUGCUGUAUUGUGGAAUUUGUCACUCUGAUCUUCACAUGAUCAAGAAUGAGUGGGGAUCUUCCGUCUACCCACUAGUACCUGGGCAUGAGAUUGCUGGUGUGGUGACAGAGGUGGGUAGCAAGGUGCAAAAGUUCAAAGUUGGAGACAGAGUUGGUGUGGGAUGCAUGGUUAACUCCUGCCGCUCAUGCCAAAGCUGUGCUGAUAAUCUUGAGAAUUACUGCCCCAAAAUGAUUCUGACAUAUGCUGCCAAGAAUGUUGAUGGCACCAUCACAUAUGGAGGCUAUUCUGACUUGAUGGUUUCGGAUGAAGACUUUGUGAUCCGCAUUCCGGAUAACCUACCACUUGAAGCUGCUGCACCUCUCCUAUGUGCUGGGAUCACAGUGUAUAGCCCUUUGAAAUAUUAUGGACUUGACAAGCCUGGUCUUCAUGUGGGUGUGGUUGGUCUUGGUGGGCUAGGCCACAUGGCUGUGAAGUUUGCCAAAGCCCUUGGAGCUAAGGUCACUGUGAUUAGUACAUCUCCUAACAAGAAGACUGAGGCAAUUGAAAAGUUAGGAGCUGACUCAUUUGUGGUUAGCCGUGAACAAGAUCAGAUGAAGGCUGUAAUGGGAACCUUUGAUGGUAUCAUUGACACUGUUUCAGCUGUCCAUCCUCUCUUGCCUCUGAUUAGUCUGUUGAAGCCUCAUGGCAAACUUGUCAUGGUUGGUGCACCAGAGAAGCCUCUGGAGGUGCCAGUGUUCUCUUUACUUGGAGGGAGAAAGACAAUUGCUGGCAGUAUGAUUGGAGGGAUUAAGGAGACACAAGAAAUGAUUGAUUUUGCUGCCAAACAUGAUGUGAAACCUGAGAUUGAGGUGAUUCCAAUGGAUUAUGUGAACACUGCAAUGGAGCGCCUUCUCAAAGCAGAUGUGAAAUAUCGGUUUGUUAUUGACAUUGGAAACACUCUGAAGGCAAGCUCAUCAAUAUAAAAUAUGAUGAUUCAGAUUUCAGAUACUGAAAGUAGGACAUGUGGAAAGGGCUGAGGCCUGAGAUGAUCUGUUUCAUUCUUAGCAGAACUUUUGUCUUGUUUAGUGAGAUUUUGCUUUGAGCAUUUAGGCUCUUCCUUGAUAAAUAAAUUGUGGUGCAUUUAAGCUCGGUUGUACUAUAAUCCCAUUGUUUGGGAACAAAAUUGUUCUGUACUACAUUUUUAAGAUAAGAAAUUAUAUGUGAAUUUGGAGACUUGGAACAUCAAA